AAAAAAUCCUAGGGGUCAAUCUGUGUUUUUAAACAAAUGCAGUGGUCAAACAUGAAUUUCAAUAGUGACAAUGAAAGCAUCAUCAAAAGCUCGUCAUCGUCAUUCCCAGAGCUCCGUCGAAUCUCGUCCCUUUCUGCUUCUUCGAAGGUAAAAAGGAAGAAUUUUGUCUGAGAAAAGCUAAUCAUGGGGUUGUCCUUCUUCAUUGGAUUAAAGGCAACUGUUCUAUUCAUAGCAUUCAUUUUGAUCAGAGAGUUUGGAUGGGCAUUCAUUCACAUUCCCCUUCUACAUGCAUCUUUGGUUGCAUAUUUGGUUGCCAUUGCAUCUCUUCCAUCAGUGAAUCUUCCCUUACUCUUAGGGAAGGGAUCGGACGGGAGCUUUCCACUUUGGUCAUUGCUUAUCUUCUCACCAUUUCUUGUUUUCGUUCGGAUGGUGGUGUUUGUGAGGAGAAUAAGGAGCAGAGAACCAUUGUAUUCUGAGGUUUCUGAAGGGAUAUUUGUUGGCGGGUGGCCUUCGUCCCUGAAUGAAAUGCCUCCAGGGGAUCCAGCAGUCAUUGACUGCACAUGUGAACUACCCCGGAGAUCUAUCUCUGGUAGUGGAUAUUUGUGCAUUGCUACUUGGGAUACAAGAUCCCCACAAGCUUCGCAAAUAGAAUCUGCUGUUCGCUGGGCUUGCCGAAAGAGGAGUCAGAAGAAGCCUGUCUAUGUACAUUGCGCUUUCGGUCAUGGAAGAAGUGUCUGUGUGAUGUGUGCAAUUCUAGUUGCGUUAGGUAUUGCAGAAGACUGGAAGCAUGCCGAAAAGAUUAUUAAGGAAAAGCGACCUUUUAUUAGAAUGAAUGCUCUUCAUCGCAAGAACUUGGAAGAAUGGUCUAAACAUCGUCUAUCAUCUAAAAGAAGUGGAGAUUUGGAUGUCAGUUCUGUGAUUUUCUCUGAAACUAACAAGGAGAAAUGAUCGCAAGAGCACAUAGGUUUUUCCAAGAUCUUUGGAGAUCAAGAUUUUACAAUUCUUCUUUUCUUACCCUCGCUAAUAUUACAGUUUUCUUAUACUUUUGCUCCAUUCAUAUGUCAAUGCUUUUACAAGUCCUAAUUUUUAACUUUGAAAAUGGCAGAGCCAUCAAAUAUAAUUGCCUUUUCAAUGUUGAAACUUCAGCUUUACUUUUAUUCCUUAA